CCACAGCGGGCCCCACUCGGUCCGUCCUUUCGGCAGCCAGUUAGCCGCCUCGCCGCAUUCGACGCACCACGCGUGUUUUCAAUCUGUCUGAUUUGCUCCGCCUCGCCUCGGCUCGGCUCGCGUGUGUUGUGUUGUGUUGUGAUUUGUGGUUGUCGGUGCUUAGCCUGAUUAUACGGGGGAUGCGCCCGCCCGGGUUUCACAACUAACUUGCGCUGGAUGGAUGUUCGUGGCACUCUGGUGAUCAGAGCGAAUGAUCAGCACACCAUGCCGCGGCGGAGGCGAUGCGACGGGGCCGCGGUCAAGGCGCGCCUCAACAACAACCACCUCCCCGUGGACGACAGCAGCAUGGACGACGACCUUGAGGACUGCGGAUCGCCCCCGGGCUGCGCAGGUUCCCCGGGCGGCCAGCCCCUGCAGCGCAACGCGGCCAACGCCAGAGAGCGCGCGCGCAUGAGGGUGCUGUCCAGGGCCUUCUGCAGACUCAAGACGACGCUGCCCUGGGUGCCGGCCGACACCAAGCUCAGCAAGCUGGACACGCUGCGCCUCGCCACCUCCUACAUCGCCCACCUGCGCGACGUGCUGCUCCUGCCCGAGGCGCCGCCGGGACCGCCGGGCGCCGCCGCGCCGCACCCCCACGCCGUGGGCGCCUCCAACAACCCCCUCAACCUGACGUGGCCCUUCGCCUUCCCGCAGCCCGGCGCGCCCGGAGUCCCCGGCCUGUCCGGCCCGGAGCCCUGGAUCUCGCGGGGCUCGUCGUCGUCCUCCGCGAGGGCCACCUCGUCGUCCGCGCGGCACGGCGGGCCGGCCACCGCCACCGCACCCUGUUCCGGCGCCUCCUCCAACGCGUCCUCCUCCGGCGCCGACGACGACCUCCCCGUCAAGGACGAGGACGGCGUUAAGAACGACGACAUGGUGUGCCGACGGGGCCGGGGGCUGAGCGGCGGCCACCUGGUUGAGCUGCAGCAAUCGUGCCAGCAGGACUACGCACAACAGUACCAGCCCUUCCUGCAGCGCUUCGUGGACGUCAUGGGCUCGGGGGCCAUGUAGCGACGCAGCAGCACAGUGCACGACUAGCCGUGCCUGACAGUGUGCCUGACGGGGCCCGCAAGGCCCGCACGCCGCGCGGCGAAGUGAACAAAGUGGGGGGAAAGAGUUUCUUCUCAAUGAGUGCCAAAGACGAUACGUGAUUUUUGUUGAU